AUGUUUUCAAUAACGCCAGUAGUUGUUCCUAGUUCAGACACCAGAAAUCCUUUACUGUUGCUUCAAACAAAUCAUGGUGAAAAAUAUUUAAUUGGAAAUAUUCCAGAAGGCACUCAACGAUCAUUUAUUGAAAGUAAAGUCAAAUUAUCAAAAUUAAAAAAUAUUUUUUUAACCGGUACUUUACAGUGGGAUAGAAUUGGUGGCCUUCCAGGCUUGCUGUUAACUGCUGCAGAUCAAGGGAGAAAUGAUAUAACUUUCCAUAGUGGUAAUCAAUUAUUGGAUUUUAUGAUCGCUUCAUGGAGAUAUUUUGUUUAUAGGCCAAAAGUUAACUUAAAAUAUAACAUCCUUUCAGAUAAUGAAAUUUAUCAUGAUAAGCACUUAACAGUCAGAGCAUUCGUUAUAUCCCCAUAUAAUUCGUCUGGCUAUAAAAGUAGCGUACCAGAUAAAGAAAUCAUGGAUGAUGUUAUAUCCAAAAUGUUCCCUGAAAAUCCUAUUCAAAAAAGAUUUACUCCAGGUUUUGAUCCUUACUUGAACAUUUCAUUACCGUGCAUGGAAGACCAAAGGAAUUCAACAAGUUACGAAAUAUGCUUUAAUCCUAUACGGGGUCGUUUUCAGUUGAAAAAAGCUUUAGAAUUAGGUAUUCCAAAGGGCCCUUUGUUCGCAAGGCUCUCUAAGGGUGAAACGGUCAAAUUAGAGGAUGGAUCCGAGAUUAAGCCACAGCAAGUCUUAGAUGAGGACCGUAAGUUUUGCAAAAUAUUGAUAUUGGAUCUUCUAGAUGAUAACUUUGUCAACAAUGCUUUUCUAAGAUUCAGGGAAUAUGAUACAUCUGAUCUUGGAGCGGUAUAUUAUUUUUUAACAGAAAAUGUUCAUAUUAAUUCUAGCUUAAUAGAGUUUAUGGAAUUAUUUGGUUCAAAUGUUGAUCAUUUUGUUUCGCAUCCAAGGUUAUGUCCUGAUCAUUUGGUUUUUAAGGGAUCUACAAUCACUACUUUAAAGUUAAAAUCUCUACAGGUUCAUAACUAUAAUUUGCCAAGAAUUAAUGACGAUUUGGCAAAAGAAUUCUAUGAAUGCUUUAAUAAAAAUUUAGACAAUUCCUUUGUAAAAUUUAACAACUCACCGCUAAACUCUUCGUUAUCAUCAGUUAUUCCGGGAAAUAAAGUUCAUAUUUUGGAAGUUAAUAAUUCUAUUCAACUAGAUGCCUGUUCUGCCAACACGAGUCCAAAAGUGACCUGUUUAAAAUCACAUUUAGAUCACUUUGAUUGGGAAACUACGUAUAAUAAACAUGUUGUUCCCCUAAAUAUUUCAGCAUCUUCAUUUGAAAAUACUGUAAAAUCUGAAUUAAAUAUAAACCAUUUUAAUGAAAAGCCCAAUAAAGAUGUAGAGGUAGUCACUCUUGGAACAGGUAGUGCUCUGCCUUCAAAGUAUAGAAACGUUCUGUCAUCACUGCUCAAAAUUCCCUAUACUCAGUCUGAUAGUAAAAUUAUUGAUAGAUACAUCAUGUUAGAUGCAGGAGAAAAUACAAUCGGUACAAUGAGAAGGUUAUUUGACGAGCAACAAUUGUCUGUUAUUUUUAAAAAUCUCAAACUAUUAUAUUUAAGUCACCAACAUGCAGACCAUCAUCUUGGUAUUAUCUCUAUUUUAACUAACUGGUAUAAAUAUAAUAAAUCAGAUCCUAACAAAAAAAUAUAUCUUGUCAUUCCUUGGCAAUAUAACAAAUUCAUUGAAGAAUGUUUACCAUUAGAGGGACGUGAAUUGCUUUCCAGAGUCGUAUAUAUUAAUUGUGAAGAUCUUUUGUACAAUUUUUCUUCAGAUGUCUUGUCAAAGAAGUAUACCAAAGCAAACAAUGAUGGUGAUUAUGAUCAUCCUAACAAACGACGUUUGGUUGAAAGAGACCACGUCAAAUCAGGCAUAAGUUAUUCGAGGAUUUAUGACAUGUUUAAAGAAUUAGAUAUAGUAGAAUUUCAAACAUGCCGAGCUAUACAUUGCAAUUGGGCAUAUUCCAAUUCAAUUACCUUUCAUAUGGAUGAGUUUCAUAAGCAAACUUUCAAAAUAUCAUACUCUGGUGAUACUAGACCUAAUGUUGAAGAAUUCUCAAAACAUAUUGGAUUAGAUUCCGAUCUAUUAAUACAUGAAGCUUCCUUAGAGAAUAAUCUUCUGAAGGAUGCGAUUAAAAAACAGCACUGUACCAUCAAUGAAGCUAUUAAAGUUUCUAAUGAGAUGAAUGCUAAAAAAUUGAUUCUGACCCAUUUCUCUCAAAGAUAUCCUAAGGUGCCAUCCCUGGAUAACAACAUUGAAGUGUUAGCCAGCGAAUUUUGUUUUGCAUUCGAUGGCUUGAUUGUGAAAUAUGAUAGACUGGGUGAUCAACAGAAGUAUUUCUCAAUGCUAAACAAAAUUUUUAUAGAAGAACAAACAAUGGAAGAUAUUGAAAAGAGUCUUGAUUCUAAAGAUAUAUUAUCUGAUAUCGCUAUGAAAGGAAACAAACAAGCCAAAAAGGGAAAGAAAAAAAUAGCGAGCGAUAGAAUAAACGACUUAUAA